CAAGAACAUUAUACUGGUCAGAGUAAUGAAAAAUGUUGUUCGCUUUUUCCUUCGUUCAAGGGUCCUCAAACAUCGAGAAAGAACAUUUCCUUCCCAUAGAUCAGUACCAAAGUUCGCGCCCCGUGUGACCUUUGACCCACGGAAGGGGGCUGAUGAUAACAAGAUGGCGACAAACCCAAACCAGGGAGGAAAGAAGCUUGUGCGUUCCAAGUCAGGGCUGCGGAUGGUGGCGGCUAACAGCGCUUUCCGCUCGCCCUUCGAGCUGGAGGAACCACCGUGGGUCCCGGACAGCGAGUGUUCCCAGUGUAUGAGCUGCAAGGCCAAGUUUGAUUUUGUCAAGAGAAAGCACCAUUGCAGGCGCUGUGGAAAGUGUUACUGUGACAAGUGUUGUCAGCACAAGGUUGCGCUGCCUCGGCUGUGUUUCCUGGACCCUGUGCGGCUGUGCUACGACUGUGCUGUCAUCACACAGAAGGAGAACGAGUUCUAUGACAAGCAGCUGAAGGUGCUCCUACAUGGUGCAGCCUUCCAGCUGUCCUGCCCAGAUGACAUGGAGAACCUGUCGGAGCCGUGCCUUUGUAAACUGUCCACAGAUCACAGAUUCCUGAUGUUUGAGAGUGCUGGCCAUGCUAAACACUCCCCCGUAGAGUUGGAACAAGUGGUGGCCAUCCAGAUCCUGACUGCUGGGGAGGACUCACAAGGUCCGAGCUCACCUUUGAGCUCUCCGUGUUCCCCCAUUGCUCCAUUUCCAGUAAUAACCUCACCUGACAACUUGAGUCCAACGGAAGGGAACAUUGUGGCCAAUGGCCUGUCAAUCAAGCACAAGGAACGUGAGAGUGGAGAGAUCCGACAUCUCCAGCUCAUCAUCUCUGCCACAACUGACAACCGCAAGCAGUCCCUGGCCUUCGUGGGAGCUGUGCAAAAGGGAGUCAAGUUUAUGUACGAGGCAAAAGAGUCACGAGGUCUGUGAAGUCACAUGACUGAAUCCUCCCCACCUGAUUGGACCAAGCCAUCAGAACAGCUGUGGAAUGCAUUACUGCUAUACCAACUGGGCAAACAUGACUUGAAACAACACAAAUGGUAUUACAGGGUCUGAUCUUUUAAACUAUCUGCACACAGUACAGUUUAAAGGGUAGGGCCUUUAGUUGUUUUUUACCAUUGUAUGACAGUGAACUCUAUAAUUUACAAUUUAUGAAGCUUUUGAGACUUCACUACAUUUGUGAUAGUCAUUGUGCUUCAUUGUGGGACCAGUUUUACUAGAUACAAUAGGCAUUCAAACAUAUAACAGUUUUCAAAAAAAUGUCCAUGACAUAAUUGAAACCCAGUUGAAGAAACUUUUAACAACAGACGUAGGCAAAAGCAUGAAAUGUUCUCCUGUUACCUUUGAGGCACUUUGAGCUCUACAGUAGUAGUUUUUAGAUACUAGAAGUUUUUCAUCAGAAAUUGUUUGAAGCAAAAUUUUGUUACUUCUCCUGUAAAUGUUAUACAGAUGUACAUUCGAUUCCUAUUACUGUAGGCUAAAUAUGAUGUGCUCUAAAGUGAAUGAUGUGCUCUAAAGUGACUGCAAUGUCUUUGUAUUCAUAUUGUAAUGCCACUCUUAAUAUUAAGUUUUGAAGUAUGUUGAUAAGUAAUAUUCUAGUUUAUCUCAAGUGAUAGCAACAAAAGAAAGCUGGUUAUUACAAUAGACUUGAUCUUGUAUAAACAGUCUGUAACCAUGCUUACAAGUCUAAUGCAACUCUAUGGUCACCAUUAGCCUAAACCAAGAAUGACACUACUAGUUCACUUCAUUAUGUACCUAGUGCUAGUAGAAUUAUUAUAGAUUAUAAAGAAAUUACCCAAUUAUCACCUUGAUACAAGCUAUGGGUUAUUUUCGAUUGAGAGGUGGUGAGCUGAGAAGACUUGAGAUUUUAUUAUGAAAGUGGGUCAGAAUGGAAAUGGACCAUGGAAAAAUGGUUAAUGUCUUAUCAGUAACAAAUGUCUUAUUUUUUUGCUUGUCUGGGCCGUUUCUUUUAGUCCAAAUGCAUUUUUGAUCGGGCCAAAUACAGUAAUACUAACCAAAGGCAUCCAAUGACAAGGAAUAUCUUACCCCCAACAGGGUGAAUUGUACAUACAACGAUGAAAGAGAUAUGGAUUACUGGAGAAGACAUGUUCAAAACUAGAUUUUGAUCAGCAAAUUUUCUUUCAGGUAGUGUGUCUUAAAUAUUUUGUGAAGGAGAAUGGUUUGAAAACAUGGGACGUGUAUUUUGUUAUAUGGGGAAUUGAAGAUUCAGAUAUGAUCUCCCUGCUCAAGACCUAUAUUUCAUAUUUGGCAGAAGUCCAUUUAAUACCUGGAGGUAUAUUUCGGGGUACCCUCUAUAUACCUAUCAAACGUGAUUAAAGAUUUGAGUAGAGGUAGAGUUAAACUUUAGAGAAAAACUGGCUACAAAUAUUUGUCCACAACUUAAAGAGAGAAUAGCAGUGCAAGAUAAUGUUCCUAAGGGAAUAAAAUGCAGCAGAAUCAACCCAAAUAUUUUCUACAUCUGUAAUUUGUAUGUUUAAGUGCUGAGUGGAUAUGCUCAGCAGCUGUUACAAUGUUGGAUCUAUGGUGAAAGACCUAAUUUCAGAGACAUGUAACACAUGUAUUCAAGCUAUUUUCACAAAGAAAGAAAUAAUUAAUAAGUAGCAGAGUUACUGUGUAUAGGUCAUAAAAUCAAGGAUGCAAUAUGAAAAUGAAAAUGUCUUACCGAAUGUUGUCUCAUCAGAGAUAGAUAGGUUUGUUACUGGAUACAACCAUGAUAUUGCAUACUCCAGAAAGGACUGUUCAUUAUCUAUUUCUUAAGCUUUGGAAGCAAAAUCAAAGAAACUAAAGAAAAUGAAAAGGUAGUGUGAAGAGUUGACUUUUUGCAUAAUUUCUUCAAAUAUGGUGUAACAGCUUUUCAGGCAAAUAGCUGUAAGUAGUCAUAUCUGUUUUGAUCAGCUUAAAUUAUGUACAAUUUUUUUAGUAUCUUAAAAUGAUAGCCAGCAAAAAUUGCACAGUCAGGGCUUCUGCAAUUACCAAUAGUUUGCUUCAUACCUAUUCUUUUAGUUUUUUAUCAGUAGUAAGUUGUAACGAGUGUUGAUAAAGAUGCAGAGUGAUAUGUAACUAACAACCAAUGUAUAGCAAAUUAUAUAUGAUCGUACUGAUAAAUAAGGUCACUGCAUUUCCUGCCAUGUAGUUGUAAUAUGUGUCAAAUUUUCUCAGAUUAUUGCCUGUAAAUAUAAUGCCUCAAAGAAAAUACACUUCAACCUUAACAAAUGGCACCUUCUGUGGACCAGUUUGAAAAGCCAUCAGCUCAGUUAAGAUUAGUGAUGUACAAACUAAAUCACUUUGUUUUAGUUCAAGAAUCACAACCUUAAUUUAACUUAAAAGAAAGAUUAAACAGGUUAGAAAAAUGUGUCUACACUAGUAGACAUGGAACCAGUUCACAUAGAUGUGUUGAUGGGAAAAGUAACUUUUUGGCGGACAUUUUGUCACCUUGCCCCCAAAAGCUUAAGAUGACGUCUGAAUGUUGCUGUUUAUAACAUCAAUCUCUCCAUAUUGUCCACUCACCCAAUGAAAGAGCAAAGUAUAUGAUUAGGCCUGCACUAAAAUCUAUUUUCUCACACAAGGUACACAGGAAAGUGUGAAUUUACUAGUUUGGAGAUCAGUUUUAGAACUGCAAUGUGGAUUUGAAUGGGGAUUGUUUUGAAGAUUGUUAGUCAACAUUUCUAGGCCGAGAAGGAUGGUAAAAUGUUAGGCAAAUUUAAAGAUUAUGACUCAAAACUUUGUACCUUAAGGCUUAACUUAAGGCGUAAUUUUGUCCACUAAGAAGUGUGUACUGCCCUAUGAUGAUAUGUGAAGAUUGUUGAAUAAAAAAAAAUCUUGUUGCUUGA